AUGAAAUUAAUUUCAUUAUUUUCACUAUUUUUAGUACUUUCUAUAAUGAAUGUUGCAUUAUCUCAGAAUGCUGAUACUGAUGAUGCUAAAGUUUGUAAUGAUAUAGCAAUUGAUUGCCUUGCUAAGAAAAAUCUUUGCAAAAAUGCGGCAUACAAGAAUCUUAUGGCAAGACAGUGUAAAAGUACAUGUGGAUAUUGUACUUAA